CACCAACUGAGUGACAGUAUUUGCGCGUCACAUUUAACUGUGCAAAACACCGUCUAAUGCCCGCAUUCUAGCACAUGAAAACAGGAAGUGAGACGUGUUAUCACCACCUGUGGUCCUUCCCAUGUAUACGGACGAGAGUCAGCAUCACAACUUUGCCACGAAAUAUUUCAACAAACUGAUGUUGCCCUUUUAGAAAUCACAUUUUGCUUUUGACUCUUUGCUCCCACCUGUUAACUCGUCAGAAUUCACACUGUAUAAUUCCGUGUGUUCCCGAUACAAGGUGGGGAUUUGUUCCGGGUGUGUGGGUGCCCGUUUAACGGGAAGAUGCCGAGGGGAUUCCUGGUGAAGCGCAACAAGAAAUCCGGCUCCGUCUCCUACCGUUCUCGCUGCUCGGACGAGGACCAGGAUGAUGCCUUCAUCGAGAACGAUAGCGUGGAGGGGUACACCAAACCAUUCAACUCUCCGGACUCCGGGUACGGCCACAGCCCGGUCACUCUACUCAUCAAGGAGAGUCCAGCGUUCCGAUUCGACCGGGACUCGGUUUAUUCACCGGUAAGCUCUCCCCACUCCACCAACUACUCCUAUCCAUCCCCAUUGACUUACAUUACAUCGUCUUCAUCUUCAUCUUCACCUUCCUCCUCACUGAACGUUGAGAGAGACAAUACGCUGUGGCCAUUUACCGUCACUCCCACCACACCGACUAGAAGACUUCCAUCCGGCAUCCCACCCCCACUAAGAAUAAAAAGACCUCUCACCGAGGACACUGAACGGAAACAACACCGGGCCAAGAAACCCAAGGCUGCCCGUAAACUCAACUUCGACGAUGACAACACCUCCCCUGUACACGGUACCAUCAUCAGGGGAGAUGUGACAUCCGAUGGAGGGCACCUUAACGGUAAGGGGGUCAACGGGGGAUGCGACAGUGACAAAGGCGGGGUGGACAACAGCCUCGGCGGGGACUUUGUUUGUCAACUGUGCAAAGAACAGUAUCCAGACCCUUUCUCCCUAGCACAGCACAAAUGCUCACGUAUAGUGCAUGUUGAAUAUCGUUGUCCCGAGUGUGACAAGGUAUUCAACUGUCCAGCCAAUCUAGCCUCCCACCGACGAUGGCACAAACCAAGACCCAACAGUCGAUCCAGCCUCAACUCCCCUCGUAUCCUUCCUGCAUCCCCGGCCAAACCAGACGGGAGUAAGACAUUUGAGGUGACUCAUCACCACACAGAGCAGACGGACGAGUCGCUUACCCUCAUCAAAGAUGAUCUCACGAGCACCGGGAGUGAUAGCAGCCGUAGCACCCCAAGUCCCGGCCAAGCCACCCCAAACGAAGAGGGGCAGUACGAAUGCGAACAAUGCGGGAAGAAGUUUCGCCGACCGGCCAAUCUCCGGAAGCACAUGCAGCACCACGGUGAAGAGGAGACGUACCCAUGUCAGUACUGCGGCCAAAUGUUCAGCAGCCUCACCAGCCGUGCCAAGCACGUCCUCUCUCACGCUGUGGGCCCUAAGGAGGUCAACUGUGACGUAUGUGGGGGCUCCUACCAAAACAAGAUGGCGCUGGAGCAACACGUGCGCCUGCACCACUCCAACGAGGUGUACCCGUGUAAGUACUGCUCAAGUAACUUCACCAGCUCCCCAGGUCUGACCCGCCACAUCAAUAAAAGACAUCCGUCUGAAAACCGGCAAGUUAUCCUCCUUCAGCAGUUACCGGUUUAGCCGUGAGUAGACAUUAUUGAACAAAAGACAUAAGUAAAACAAAUACACUAAUAUUUCUUGUAGUCAAUAUUUUUGCACAAACUUAAAAGUAAGAAACUAUAACAAAUCUAGCUUUAUGUAGGUGGAUAAAAAAAAUUGACAAUGGUGACUUUUGAUUGGGUAGAUGGGUUUUUAAAGACAGUAACAUUCCAUUAUUUCCGAAUCCGCCAUUUUUGAAAUCAAAACGCCGAAAAGAGGUCGAAGACGAACAUACUUAGCCACUGUUGUCUGUAUCAAAGUUAUUCACCUAAAACUGCCUUUGUCCAAAAAUAGCAUACCAUGUUUGAUUUCACAUAAAAACAAGUGCGAUGUUCGUGCAGAAUUUGAAUGGAAUCAUCAUUUAUCCUAUUGACAACAAAACAUUACCUAUUAUAGCCUAAAACGAAAAAGACAAACACAAGUUUCAACCCGUUUGUUAUUAAAAAAAUAAAAAUUUCCGACUAAAAAGGCUGAUCAACCUGUUUUAAUAGGAAUCAACUUAUACAUUGCUAAUAGUAUUCGUAGCAGGUGUAUACAACCCUGUACACCAUUGCAGGCUGUUUAAUGUAUAAUCCAUGCGCAUAUUAUUCAAAAUCUCCAUCAGUAGGAAAAGAUCACCCACUGAUUGUCGUUGUCAAUAUUCCUUUGGAAAGCAAUUAGUCAGACAACAAUGGCACACAUUAUUAUAAUGCAUGCACACUAAGUCAAGGCAUCUGCGAGAGAAAAAAAUAACCACUCGUGUUAUAUUUUCCCUUUUUUCGUUCAGACAUGCCUCCAGGCCCACCAUUGUCCAAUUACUUUUUAAAAUAACAAAAUAAAAUGAGUUUGCGAGCGAGAGCAAUAAUUACUUUGGGAAAAGCAUCAACAAAAAUUGUCAGCUGUUGGCAUAUUUUCUCUGGAACAACAGAUGCCUGGCUGCUAUUAGACAAAUGACUUGCCUAAUUAUCAAUGGAUAUAUUAAACGAGAUAUGUAUGCAGUUUCAUCCUCAAACAUAUAGCAAACAAAUAAAAAAUAAAAAACAACCCUGACUAUUAGAAGUAAACCAAAAUAAUCAAAAGCCACCAUGCACAAUUAUCUUUUACAAUUAUUUAGUAACUAUUUAUGCUAUAAUUUAUUCAUAAUUAUGAGAUAACUUUCUUUGUCUGUAUUCUUUCUUAUAACGGUCUAGAAUUUACUGAGACUUCCAAUUAUUUAUUUUCACCCAUUUGCUAUUUAAUAACUCACGGUUAAAGAAAUCACACCAAAAUACAACAUUAGAAUCAAAAGGUAUUCUAUACACAAUACUUGCCUCUCAACUGAAUAUUUGAUUUAAGCAAAAGCAACACAUGUUGGUUUUGCUAGGUUUUAUUUAAUUUAUUUUAAAUAGAUAUUAUUUAUGAAUAACACUUGGUCAAUUAGAUCAUUUCCUAUCGACUGGAAUAUUUUGGAAUAAUUAAAAUUGUUCAUGUAGUUGUUGCCCUUUUUGAAACUAAAUGGUCAAAAUCGAUUGAUCAUUCCAAUUUUUUGAACCGUCAUCUUUUCAAAUUAUAAUGUUACACUUGAACUAAGAGGAUUAUAUCAUAGCUUCAAGCUUAAACUUGCUGUAUCACAUUCCAAAAGAUUAUUUAUUACCAAUCACAAUUCAUUUAAUUUAUAUAAUACAUUAUUUAUUUAUUUGUAAUUUGUCAUUACAAUGAUAUGUUGUGUGCUCGUAAAUUUGUCUUAGUAUGACUCAAAACAACCCCAUUAUGCCUGACAGCGUCCAUCUAGAGGGCGGGAAUGGCAGGAGGGAAAGUAACAACAACAAAUUUAGAAACGUUUUCCAAAAUGACUGGCUACCAGUUACAGAUGUUUAAAAAAAGCAUCGGGAUGAAGAAAAUUAUUUGUGUUUUUCUCAUACUCUGAUUUGUGUAAAGUAUGCCUAUAUACUGUUUAAUCGGUACUUCUAAUUUUCUGUGGUGAAAAAAUCGAUCUACAUAGCAUGCACUCAGAUGGGAUUCAAACCCAUGAGCUUUGCCAUUCUAGAGCACAUGUCUUGCCGCUAGACCACCGAGCUAUCAUAUUAUUACAAUCCCAUUUCGCCAUCUGGGUUCACCACUGACAUGUCACUCUGUGCCUAUUAUUAUCAACACAGUUCCUAAACGUUAUUUCUUCUCACAAUGUUUCUUUGUUUUGAUUAUUUUGCCUACUAAAAAAUAUAAACAACAUUUCUGAGACAAUCGAUAAAUAACGUAGCUUAAAGACACUGGACACUAUUGGUAAUUGUCAAAGACCAGUCCUCACUUGGUGUAUCUUAACAUAAUAU